ACAACCAGGAUGAUGGCAUCUUGGACCAACAAAGAAGAAACAGUGGACACAAAUAAACUCAUGAAACAGUUUUUAUGACGUGUUUUAGUUUGAAAACUUUUGUCUUGUUUACUUGUGUUAGAUCCAUUGACCUUUUGACCAUUUGUUAGUUUUUUUAAACCUUUCUUGUAAGUGUAGAUUACCUUUAAAAAAAAACCAUUUAAUUUUUGUGCUUGAUUCCCAGCUAAGCAGUUACUUUAAAUAGAAAUAUCUCUAGUCCUGCUGCUUGACUCCUCAGUCUCGUGUGACGUGAUUUUUAUGCAGUCAUGUCUGUUUCAGAGCUCUUUGUUGCUGCUGCUCGUAAAUAUCUGUCUGCUGGUAGAAAGUCCCUCUCUGCUCCUCAGAGUCUGGACCUGGCUUCACAGGUGUCAGCUGUAGAUUUGGGGUUGAAGCCUGCUGUUCUGUACGAUAUUAAUGGUGCCUGUGCAGAGCAAGUGAAGCACUAUCUGAGCUCUUUACAGUCUCUCCAGCUUGUGUCUAAAUCGCUUCUCACGCUGGAUUUAAAUGGAAAUGGUCUCAUUGUUAAUCCGGUCACAGUCAAGUCAAAUCUAGAGCAGGUUCUUCAUGACGGGAGCAGCGUCGCUGUGAUUGAUGUCUGCCACUCACAGGAAACUCCCACCGUCGCUGACCCACUGAGGGGAGACCUGAAGCGCAUGAUACAAGAUUUACUACUUCUACUGGGAGGGGUGCAGCAGCUUGAAGGGGUUGAGAGGCUUCUCAGUGGCGGAGAGAAAUGUGAGGAGUGGAACCUGUGCACUGUGUUUGGGCUCUUACUGGGUUACCCCGUCAUUUACUGGUUUGAUCACACUAAGAGUUUCGACAACUGUCUGUCCAUGACUCCCCUCACGGUGCUUACGGCUUCAGCAACAUGGCAGCCGGAUACUGCAGCUCACAGAUGUUGUCUGUAUUCCUUCAGUGUCCCGGCUGCUCUCCAAGAGGAGAUAAAGUCUGACCUGGAAACCUGGAAGCUCCGUCUGCAGCAGAGAUUUGAGCAGCAAAACCUCCUAAAAGAUCUCACGAUUAAUCAAUCUAUAGUCACACUGCCCUCAGUUUGUCUGUGAACAUGAUGUAAGUUUGUCUUUAAAGCAAAUGCUGUGGAUUAUUUAUGACCGUAAUAAACACUGUCAAAGCA